AUGACGGCCCCAAGUCUAAGGCACCGCGAUUAUACGGUCGCGUGGAUAUGCGCCCUACCAUUGGAAAUGGCCGCUGCUAAGAUUAUGCUCGACGAAACCCACAAUCCGCUUCCUCAACCACCAACUCAUUACAAUACUUACACACUUGGUAGCAUGAGCGGCAAGAACGUAGUGAUCACCUGUCUGCCAUAUGGUGUUUAUGGAACAACUUCUGCCACAUCUGUGGUAACUCAGAUGCGACAAACAUUCUGCUCCAUUCGAUUCGGGUUGAUGGUUGGUAUUGGAGGGGGUGUACCUAACAAAACCGUUGACAUUCGUCUCGGCGAUGUGGUAGUCUGUGUGCCAAAUGCGACUUCUGGCGGUGUGAUUCAAUACGACUUUGGGAAGGCAUGUGUCGAGGGCUCCUUCCAGCGCAAGGGUUCGCUCAACAAGCUCCGGCAGAUUCUGUUGACUGCUUUAUCCCAGAUGGGCUGCGAUUCUAUGCUACCUAGUACGCAGAUUGGAAGGAUUGGAUCUGAGUACCUGCAGAGCAAUCGGACAAUGAAGGGGCCCUUUGCCCGACCAGCUAAUGACUGGCUUUUCCACUCGACAUAUGACCAUCAGAGCAGCAGUGAAGACUGUUCAUCCUGCGACAAGAGCCAGUUGGUGCAGCGGGCAUCACGAGCAGAUGAAGGACCGCAUAUUCAUUACGGGUUGAUUGCGUCCGGCAAUCAAGUCAUGAAGGAUGCCAGGACACGAGACGCCAUUGCUAAAGAGUUAGAUGUUCUCGGGAUAAAUCAUUCUAUUGUUUGA